UUUCCCAGUGUUGAGGAAGUGGCCCGCACUAGAAGACGUCCAGGAUGACGGGCUGCAACACAGAUGGAUCCAGCUGCGAUGUCAGCGCCGUGCGAGCUGACUGGACCUGGAUUUAGGAGGGAAAUCGGGCUCUUUCUGCUGAGGAUUUAAAGUCUGGCGUGUUUUUAUUUGUUUUCUCUGAUCUCCGGCUGUCCUCAAAGCGGCUGUCGGUGUUUUCAGAGAGCUGCAGGUACUGAAAUAUUUAUACCGAGCGGACGGAGCGAGCCGUCAGCGUUUCCAUGCUCAGUCUCUGUCCGACACCUCCAGCUGCAUCAUUACGGGAUUACCUUUAGAGUUUGUCACUCCUGUUUUCCGCAGGAUUUCUGGACAAAGUCAUCAAAAUCCUGAUCCAAGAUGAACUGGGCUCCUGGUACUCAGUGUGUAGCCAAGUGUGACAACAGGAAAGCUAAACCUGGAGAGCUGCUCUACCACAAAGGAGACAUUCUCACUAUAGUUGAUACAAGCACGAGGAAAGGUUUUUACGCUGCCAGACACAACACCACAGCAGAGGAGGGGCUCAUAAACUCCAGCAAUGUGCGUGAGAGAGAGGCGCUGCGAGUCGACCCCGGCCUCAGCCUCAUGCCCUGGUUUCACGGGAAGAUCUCCGGACCGACUGCGGUGGGAAAGCUGCAGCCGCCUCAGGAUGGCCUCUUCCUGGUGCGUGAGAGCAUACGCCACCCGGGCGACUACGUCCUGUGUGUCAGCUUCUCGAAAGAGGUCUUCCAUUACCGAGUGAUUUACCAAGACAACAAGCUGACCAUCGACAACCAGCAGUACUUCUACAACCUCAUCGAUAUGAUCGAAUUUUACUCAAAAAACAAAGGCUCCCUCGUCACGACUCUGGUGACGCCCAGGAAGAAACAAGGAGCCAAGUCAGCUGAGCAGGAGCUGUCUAAAACUGGGUGGCUGUUGGACAUUACGAAGCUCAUUCUGGGAGACAACAUUGGAGAAGGAGAAUUUGGUGCUGUUUAUCGGGGGGAGUACAUGGGCCAGAUGGUGGCUGUGAAGACCAUAAAAUGUGAUGUCACAGCUCAGGCCUUCAUGCAGGAAACGGCUGUAAUGACGAAGCUGCAGCAUAAGAACCUGGUGCGGCUGCUGGGAGUCAUCCUUCACAAGGGGCUCCAGAUCGUCACUGAGCUCAUGACCAAGGGAAACCUUGUGAAUUUUCUCAGGAGCAGAGGACGAUCAGUCGUUGGCUCCCCUCAGCUGCUGCGCUUUUCCCUUGAUGUGUGUGAAGGGAUGGAGUACCUGGAGUCAAAGAAACUUGUACACAGAGAUCUGGCAGCGCGAAACGUCCUGAUCUCUGACGACAGCGUGGCGAAGGUCAGCGACUUCGGCCUGGCUAAGGUGGACUCCAAAGAGACGGACAAAGCCAAGCUACCUGUCAAAUGGACGGCUCCUGAAGCUCUGAAGAAAGAGAAGUUCUCCACAAAGUCAGAUGUUUGGAGUUACGGCGUUCUCCUGUGGGAGAUCUUCUCUUACGGCCGCCAGCCCUACCCUAAGAUGUCUCUGAAGGAAGUGAAGGAAAAAGUGGAAGCAGGUUAUCGCAUGGAGGCUCCAGAGGACUGUCAUCCUGGUGUUUACGCCAUAAUGAAGCUCUGCUGGGAGCAGGAGCCACGGAAAAGACCUGGCUUCCCCAAACUGAGAGAAAAACUUGAACAAGAACUGAGUAAAAUGAGCCCAAGCUCUGCAGCCGGGUGUCAAGAAUCUGCCAAGACUGGACUGAGGAGCUGAGUUUAAGUCUGUACCCAGCAGCUGUACAGAACCAGCUCUCGUUUGGUGAAGGCACUUGGGAUUAAGACCCUUAAACUAAUUUAAUUUAUGGAUUGGUAAAAUGUCAAAGCGAUGAUGAGGAGGAGCGAACCUACACGGUUUUGAGGUGCAUGGUCGUAUACAGGAAAUAUUUAUUGGUGUCACCUGUGUUUGAGGUCGACACCGUUUGGUCUAAACGGAGUCGUCUCAAAAGCUUCGGUAUAGAUUCUCACUAAAAGAAGUUAAAAAUUUCUCGCUUAGUAAAUGAAAAUAGAUUUUUCUUUAUUUAUAAAGCAGAUUUUAAACAGCAGCUUUUGACCAAAGUGUAGGUCAUAAAAUUAACAAAAAAAAAGUUUUAUGCUGCUUGAUAUUGUUUAUUUAUUUACACUGAUAAAAAAAUACAUUUUAUUUGCCUUUUAAUGUGAGAGAUGCAUGGGACAAAAUUAUAGCAAAAAAUGCUAAUUUCCACCUGCAGUCAAUGGAGAGGUGGAUGUAAUCAAGUAUGAUUGAACAGAUUAUGAAUUAGUGACAAGCCAGUGUGGUAAUUGCAUACUUGUCUGAUAAUUUAGUAUUAAUAUCUCACUAAAACCAAACAAACCAAAAGACAAUUCAUAAAAUAUUUUCAUUACCUUCAUCGAUGAGCACAAAUCUUCUUAUUUAACAGCCACAUUUUUGUCAAAGGUGCAAAUAUUUUAUUAUAACAUUUUAUUAAUUUGCAGCAACACAAAAAUGUAACACAAGACAACACAAAGCAAAUGGUCCAAACACUUCAAAAAUAAUUACUACACCAAGCAACUUUACUCCUUAUAACUCACUAAUAAUCUCUAGUGCCUUAUUUUCAGUCCAAGCUGAAUUUAUUCCUUGUUCAGUUGCUGAUUAAGACGCUGCAGGGUUUUAAUUCACUGCCAUAUCUCACUCUGUCUGAGAAGAUCAGGCAAAUGACAGAGAUCCGGUAGCUGGAAUGAUGUGUAUGAAUUACUCUGUGCAUUUGUAAUUUAAAAUAAAAGGUCAUCUCCAGGUUUGAAACCCAGUAUUUCCUAAUGAGGCGGUCUUUUAGAGCCACAGCUACACACCAUAUCUUCAAGGAGAACAGCAGUCAGUCUAAGGCUGUUCAAACCUCUUCUUGAACGUCUUGGUGCAGCUCAGAUUCCUCUUGACAAAACAAUGUAGAUCCACAAAAACUGCAACGACAAAAAUGAUCACACAACGCCUCAGUGUCAGUGCUCCUGUUUUAUCUGAAGCAUUUUGCUUUUGCUACUGUUUAGUGACCACAUGUAAAUAGUUUGUGUAUAAAUGCAACCAAAUCCUGUUGCGGUCUCGAUUUAUUUACACUGUUAUGAUUUUAUUGCCAUAAAUUAAAGAAUGUAAUUCGUUAGGUUCAAAUGUUGAUAAAUCUGAAUCUUAUUUUGUGCCUGAACUUAAAUGAUUGCAGCACUGGAGGGAAUAAAAUGCUAAAUAAAUAAAAAAAAACAAAAUGAAA